AUGUCAAUGGGUCCUGCAAGUAACGAAGUGCGCAAAGCCGCCCAGGAAUUUGUCACUUUCUUGAACAAGUCUGUUACUCCUUUCCAUGCUGUUUUCGAAUGUAAGGCCAGACUCGUUGCUGCUGGAUUCGAAGAGUUGACAGAGGCUGGACAUUGGGAUAUUCGUCCAAAUCACAAAUACUUCAUCACCAAAAACCGUUCUGCAAUUCUUGCUUUUGCUGUUGGAGGAACUUAUUCUCCUGGCAACGGUUUCUCUAUCGUCGUCGGUCAUACUGAUAGUCCAUGCUUGCGAGUAAAGCCAAUUUCCAAAUUAACCAAAGAGAAAUUCGAUCAGGUCGGAGUUUCAACUUACGGAGGUGGAAUUUGGAGAACCUGGUUUGACCGUGAUCUUUCUGUUGCUGGAGAAAUCGUUGUUAAAGAGAAAGAUGGGCUCGCUCAUAAGCUCAUUAACGUCCAGAAGCCUAUCAUGACCAUCCCCAACUUGGCUAUCCAUUUGGAAACUGAUAGAGAAACCUUCAAGCCUAAUACGGAACUUCAUUUGAGACCAAUCUUAGAAAGUUUUGCUGCUAACGGUUUGAACAAAGGAUCUGAGAAACAGGAGAAGGCAACUCCUAAAGACCCAAGAAGCGUUGUUGAAGAGCAUCAUCUCAACUUCUUGGAAGUUUUGGCCAAAACCGCCGGUGUUCAAAAAGAAGACAUUGUUGAUCUCGAUCUCUAUUUGUAUGAUACCCAACCUGCUGCCAUCACAGGAUUACACGAGGAGUUCAUCUCAGGUGCUCGUUUGGACAACCUCGUAGGAACUUACACAGCUAUCAACGGUUUGUUGGAAUCUCUCCGUGAUCCAGGUUUUGCUUCAUCUCCUCAAAUCAGAAUUGCCGCUUGCUUCGAUAAUGAAGAAGUCGGCUCAAACACAGCCAUGGGUGCCGCAUCUUCUUUCACUGAGUACGUUCUCCGAAGACUUUCUCAAGGUGGAGUUCCCACUGCUUUUGAAGAGGCUAUCGCCAAGAGUAUGUUGAUUUCGGCCGAUCAAAGUCACGCUUGUCAUCCCAAUUAUGCUGACAAGCAUGAGGAGAACCACCGCCCAACUUUCCAUGAAGGAGUUGUUGUCAAGGUGAAUGUUAAUCAACGAUAUGCUACCACAUCUACUACUCAUGCUGUUCUGAAACAAGUUGCUUUUGAAGCUGAAGUUCCAUUACAAAAAGUAGUUGUGAAAAACAACUCUCCAUGUGGAUCAACUGUCGGACCAAUUUUGGCCACUAGACUCGGCCUUCAGACUGUUGAUGUCGGAUGCCCACAGUUGGCUAUGCACUCAAUCAGAGAAUUUGGAGAUACUUCUAGCAUCUAUCAAGCUGUUAACCUGUACUCUAAAUUCUUCAAUCGUCUCCCUAACAUACUCCAAUCCCUUCUCUAA